AUGCUUCCUACACCUUAGAAAAGCAAGAGAAAGAGAGAGAGAGAAGUGAGAAGGGAAAGACACCAUUUUUAUGCGUUAAAAGGAGGCUUAAGGGCGGGUAAUAGGUCUACCAACUGGUAGUUAGCUUUUGAACUCUCUUAAGCAAUGAAUGAAUGAAUCAAACAACACCCACCAUACAGCAGCUUCCCACUUUUUUUUUUCCUGGUUUUGUUUCCAUUUUGCCUCCCUUGCCUUCAAACAACUUUCUAAUUUUUUCCCAAAAAGAAUAAAAUAACAUUAAAAAAGGCUACAGCACAGCUUUCCCCUUUUGUUUCUGUCUUGUUUUUUUUGUUACACGUGAGAUCCCUGGAAGGAUUGACGAGGGGAACUGUUUGUUCUUUAAUAUUCUUCUUCCUUAUUAUCAUGAUCGUUUGUUAGAAUAAAAUAUCACAGUUGUUGUCGUCAAUAUAUAUAUUUUUUAUUUGUAUUGAGUGGAGUAAUUUAAUAUUAUUUCUUGGGUUGGUGUCAAUGUUCCAAUGAUAAGGAGGUUGGUUGCGUUUGGGAUUGUAUCUCUUGGGAUUGGUUUUUGUCUUGCUGCUUUCAAGUUUCUUUCUUUCUGCUCCCCGCAAGAGGCGCAGCUUCUCUUUGGGGGGCUUUCAGGAUCUAUUAGCUGAUCACUGUUUUAUUGGGAGGUACCCCUUUUUUAGCAAUCAUUUGAUUUGUGGAGACUGGUAAUGCUUUAUCAUUUCUUUCCUGCCAAACAUAAGGAAGCAAAUUAUGGCUACAUAUUAUCCAACUUUAAGCUACCAAAGAGACAAUUUAUCAACUACAUAUCUGGGGGACCAAAAGCCUGACUCUUAUCUUGGAUCAUCUUCCCUUCCUGGUAACUCAAUAUAUCUGAACCAAGCUUCGUCUGCUGGGGCAUUCUCAGAAAUCUUGUCUGGGAGUUCUUUGUCUCUACAGAACUGUGUUCAAAUUCCAUCUAUUGGUGGUAGAAAUGAAAUGUCAUUCAUUCCACCCUCAAGUGACACUGUGAGUUUGCAAGCUGUUGAUGGGCAGUUAAACAUUACAACAAGCAAUUCAUUAUGCAACCCUGUAGCAGGAGAUCCCCCUGUACUACCAAGGAGUGUUCUAGAUGGUGAACAGAGUUCUCAAUCUCAGGGACUAUCUCUAAGUCUUGGCUCACAUAUAUCUUCUGGAGUUUCAAUACCUCCAUUUCAGUAUCAAUACCAGGGUUAUUCUUCGUUCUUUAGUGGGCAUCUUCCAUUUUCAGGAAAGGGGACAAUUCUUUGUACUGGUGAUGAGAGCAAAAGAAGUAAGGAGUUGAAAAUUUCUGAUGGCGUGCAAUUUGGCUUUCCUGGAGGCAACAAUGAUGCAUUUGAAACAGAUGCUUUGUCUAACCCUCAGGGCUCAAUAAGUAACAAACAGAUGCAUUCUGAUAUAUAUCAAUUUGAGUCAGGUUUUGCAAAUACUAUUUCAAACUCCAAAUAUCUCAGGGUGGCUCAAGAGUUGCUUGAUGAAGUGAUGAAUAUACGAAAAGCUUUGAAACAGCCUGAUUUGGAUAAAAAUAUAAGCUCUCAACCGAAAUCAUCCAAUGGGAUGUCAUCAGAACCUAGUGAGUCAGUUAACAACUCCUCUUCUGAGAUAUCACCUGCAGAGCGGCAAGAUUUGCAGAACAAGAAGACAAAACUCUUGUCCAUGCUGGAUGAGGUUGAUAGAAGAUACAGGCAAUAUUACCAUCAAAUGAAAAUUGUGGUGUCUUCUUUUGACUUCGUAGCUGGUUCUGGUGCAGCCAAACCAUACACUGCACUAGCCCUACAGACAAUUUCCCGCCACUUCCGCUGUUUGCAUGAUGCAAUCAGUGGCCAAAUUCAACUGAUUCAGAGAAGCCUUGGAGAGCAAGAAAAUUCAUCAAACAAUCAAGGAGGAGCAAUACCUCGUCUCCGCUAUGUGGAUCAUCAACUCAGACAACAAAGAGCUCUUCAGCAACUUGGUGUGAUGCGAAAUGCUUGGAGGCCUCAAAGAGGGCUUCCAGAAAGCUCUGUUUCAAUCCUUCGUGCUUGGCUUUUUGAGCAUUUUCUCCACCCCUACCCAAAGGAUUCGGAGAAAAUCAUGCUCGCAAAACAGACAGGCCUGACCAGAAACCAGGUUGCAAACUGGUUCAUUAAUGCGAGGGUGCGUCUUUGGAAGCCCAUGAUUGAGGAGAUGUACAAAGAAGAGUUUGGUGAAAUGGACUCAAACUUCAAAUCUUCCUUAGAAAAUGCAGCCAAAGCAACUAGAGAAAAUUCUUCUGCAUCUGAGGAUAGGGGAGAAGAAUUGCAGGAGAGUAUGACAUCCAAAGUUGCUGAUGCCGAUAAUGUCCAACCAGGACAAAUUCAACACCAGAAACCUGAUCAUAUCCCAGAUGUAGAACUGAACAGGCCUAUUGCAAGAUCAAUGUUUCAAAAUAAUGCUAUUGGAGAUACUGGCUCACCUGCUGGGAUGAAAUUACAGGUUGACAAUAGGAGUAACAUGGAGAGCCAUAGCCCUUAUCCAGAUACAGUCAUCCCAUCCAGCCAGCAUGGUCGUGGUACCUUUGUGGCUGGUGAUACCAUGUAUGAUUUAACAAAGUUGAGUGGUUUUACAGUUGGUGGCCAAGUGUCACUUGCACUUGGUUUACAGCAUCAUGAAAAUAAUAAUGUCUUUCCCAUAUCUGGAGAGACCAAUAUGAGAGGUAACAGCAAGGUGGCUUCUUCUGUGGGGCCAGAGACAGUGGACUUUCAUUGCAUGGAUCCAGGAAAUCAACAAGACAGGUUUGGAAAUCCCCAUAUAUUACAUGAUUUCGUAGUCUGAAGAAUGUCCACAUCAAGCUUUAUGGACGGGGAUACCUAAUUGUUAGGAAAUGGAUCACGUGAUAUGAUGACAAACCAAAACAGAAAAAGCAAGCCUUUGAUGUGUUACUUUGGGUUCCAUGUUUUAGCAGAGAUGAGAAAGACGCAGCAUUAUCAUGAUAGAAUAUAGAUAUUGGGUAUAUGAUACCCAUUUGUAACAUACAAAUAGAUUGGUGUAGUAGGUGUAUACAUCUGUAAAGAUAUGGUAAGAUUGGUAUAGCCUUCUGUGUUCUGCUGAAUAAGGAUUCUUUGUACAAGUAAUCUCAAGUGUGAUACUGAUGUAUGCUAUUUUGGAAAUAAAUGUGGUUAGAAAUAACUAGUACACAAGCUAA